UCUGCUCAGGAGCUACUCUACACAUCGCAUUCAUAUAGUGGUGGAAGAACUUGUUCAGGCCUACUCUAAAGGCCUCCUUUCUCAUCCAAACACUUUCUUUUAGGCGUUGUUUUCUCUUUCCUGUAGUCAUGGAAGAGUUUCUUGAGGACUCCGGCUUGGAGCUCACCCGCAAGUUUCCAGAGCUAGAAGGCCCUGCCAUAGAGAAUUCAAGCUUGGAGUUGAUGUUCUAUCCUCAACAGAACUGCUUAUCUCAUCAGCAGGAGUUCUCGAUGCCAUCCGUUGAUAACCUGCUGUCUAGUUUGGUGACUCCUGUAUCCCAUGCCAUGGUCUCUGGUGGACAGCAGAGUCAUGGAGACCAGAAAAUGAAGAGCCGCGGGAUCAAGAAGAGAGGAAGGAGUUUGCAGAGAGCGAGCGAGCCGAAAGAGGUGGUUCAUGUGAGGGCAAGAAGAGGUGAAGCUACUGACAGCCACAGCCUAGCUGAGAGGGUGAGAAGAGAGAACAUCAAUAGAAAAAUGCGAUUUUUAAGGGACCUUGUUCCUGGUUGCUGCAAGGCGAUGGGUAUGGCAGGAAUGCUCGACGAGAUAAUUAACUACGUGCGGUCACUGCAGAACCAGGUUGAGCUUCUCUCCAUGGAAAUCGCAGCAGCUGCUAGUUUUUACGACAACAGCUGGGUUGAAACGCCACAGGUGCAUGACGCAUCCCUGGAAGAGGAAGGAGGUGUGACAGAACGAGGUGAUCGCACCGGCGUCCUCUCUGCAGUUGUCUUCUACCAAGUCUCCAUGCAUGGCACACCUGAAGCGCAUGUGUAGGGCUCAACGCACCUAUGAACUGAGACCAUCUCAUUGGCUUAUCCUUCUUCUGGUGUAUCUAUCCAUCUCCUCCUUGCUCGCUUCAUGGCUAUUUACCUCCUCCAGUAAUGAUCUUUGUCUCCACCAUGUAUCUUUUCUAUUUCUCUAGUAAA